AGCGCCAGCAUGCUGCGCCCAUUGUUGAUGAUUCUGCUGGCCAGCGGUGCCUGCGAGGCCCAGCGAAGAGCGCAACCCAAGUAUCACAGCCUGUACGGCCCCAAAGACGAAAAUCUGCCGAUCGCGGAAGCUCUGGGCAGGGCAGCGCUCGGCAUUUCCAAUUUCUUGCGCGAGGGCGACGAGCUCUUGAGGCACGAGCUCGAGGACGCGCCGCCCGCGUACGACCAACAAUACGACUUCGUGGUGGUGGGCGCGGGCAGCGCGGGGGCCACGGUCGCCUCGAGACUGAGCGAAGCCGAGGACGCCACGGUGCUGCUGAUAGAAGCGGGUCGCAAUGAAAACCUGCUGAUGGACAUACCGGUGCUGGUGAAUUAUCUGCAAUUCAGCAGCAUCAACUGGGCCUACCGAACGGAGUCGUCGAACCGCUACUGCCUGGGCAUGACCGACCGAAAGUGCAACUUCCCAAGGGGCAAAGUGAUGGGGGGCAGCAGCGUGCUGAACUACAUGAUAGCGACGAGAGGCGACCCCCGAGACUACGACGGCUGGGCGGAGAUGGGCAACGACGGCUGGUCCUACGGCGAGCUGCUCAAGUACUUCAGGAAGCUCGAGGAGAUCGGCGUGGACGAGCUGCGAGCCGACGACAAGCUGCACAACACCGAGGGUCCGCUGUACAUCGACCAUCCGACCUUCCACACGCCCUUGGCCGACGCCUUUCUCCGGGCGGGGCUGCAGCUGGGCUAUCCCGUGAUCGACUACAACGGCGACGAGCACGUCGGAUACUCCUUCAUACAGGCCACCAUCAAAAACGGCACUCGCAUGAGCAGCAACAGGGCGUACCUGCAUCCGGCUCGCCACCGGCCAAACCUGUCGCUCAGCAGGAUGAGUCACGCGAACAAAGUGCUCAUCGACCCGCUCACCAAGAGGGCUCUCGGCGUGGAUUUCACCAAGUACGGCAGGAACUUCCGCGUGCGGGCCAGGAAGGAGGUGAUCCUGUGCGCCGGCGCCAUCGGCUCGGCGCAAAUACUGAUGCUGUCGGGUGUCGGCCCGUCGGAUCACUUGCGGGAGAUGGGCGUGCCGCUGCUUCAGAACGCGCCGGUCGGCCGGAAUCUCAUGGACCACAUCGCUUACGGCGGACUGGUCUUUCUGGUCGAUCAACCGGUGAGCAUCAGAACCAAAGAUCUGAUCAACCCCGUGAAACCCUACUUGAGCGACUUCUUCAAUAAACACACCGGCCCGCUCACCGUUCCCGGGGGCUGCGAAGCCCUGGCCUUCGUCGACGUCGAUCGUCCCAACGACUUGACCAGCUGGCCGAACAUCGAGCUUCUGUUCAUAGGAGGCUCCGUCGUUUCCGACGCUUCUUUCCACCACAAUAUCGGCAUCUCCGACAAGUACUGGAACAAGUAUUUCGCCCGUCUGACCGGCGCUCACUCCUGGACCAUUUUCCCCAUGCUUAUGCGCCCAAAAAGCCGUGGCAAGAUUCUUUUGCGCAGCAACAAUCCGAACGUUCAUCCGAGAAUUUUUGCCAACUACCUUGACGAUCCCGAGGACGUGAGAGUCAUGAUAAAGGGAAUAAGGGCGGCGAUCCAAGUCAGCAAAACGGAGCCAAUGCGACGAUUCAAGUCCAAGCUGUACGACUUACCAGUGCCAGGUUGCGAAGCUCACCGCUACGAUUCGGAUGAGUACUGGGAGUGUGCCAUCAGGACUUUCCCUUUUACCAUUUAUCACCACUCGGGUACUUGUAAAAUGGCACCGGACACCGAUCCAAGUGGUGUCGUCAACCCAAGGUUGCAGGUAAAAGGGAUAAAAGGAUUGCGGGUAGCCGAUGCUUCGAUUAUGCCAAUGAUCAUGACUGGACAUCCAAAUAUCCCAGUGAUAAUGAUAGGGGAAAAACUUGCUGAUAUGGUCAAGGAAGAUUGGGGCUAUAAUAGUUCUUCUAAUAGUUUGUAAAAAAUUGACAGAUUCAUCGUUGUGUGGACAAAAAUAAAUGUGCGCUGCACGUAUUUAUGCCACAAUUUGAAAUUCCAAAUGAAACAUUAAACCCGAGAGAUUUAUCGCUCAAAGUUGUUUCUCAUUACGAUAAUGUUCCGCCUUACUGGCUUGUUUUUCUCGAAAAUGGUAAUUAAAGGUUGCCAUUUGAAUGU